AUGUCUGACGACCAGCAGCAGCAGCAGCCCACUCUAUCACGGGUGCCGUCCUUUGCCUCCUCUGCAACGGCUACCGGCAGCUUGGAGGAAAGGGAUAACCUGCUCAAGAGCGACCCUCUCGAGGACGAACUAGACGAUGAUUUCCCGCAGCUAAAGCGAGCCUGCGAUUUGGAGGCUCGCCGUGACGACGGCGACGAGGAGGCAAACGAACACACCAGGCUGCUGCCACGGAGGACAGAGCAAAGCGAGACUCCGAAGAGCAACUUCAAGUCUGCCCUCAUAUGGAUGGUUGUCAACACGAUUGCGACGGUUGGCAUUGUCUUCGCCAACAAGGCCAUCUUUUCCGACCCUGGCCUGAAAUUCCUCCAGCUCUCUUUCGCAACCUUCCACUUCUUCAUCACCUGGCUGACCCUCCAUAUCCUCUCGCGUCCUCGCUUCGCAUUUUUCACUCCCCGGAGUGCCAGCAUCAAGGAUCUCAUCCCGCUGUCCGUCGCUAUGUGCUUAAACGUGGUUCUCCCCAACUUCUCACUCGCCUUUUCCUCCGUCACCUUCUAUCAAAUCGCCCGUAUCCUCCUGACUCCGACUGUCGCACUCAUGAACUUCGUCCUGUAUGGCGCCACCAUGCCCCUUGCCGCCGUCCUGUCCCUGGUCCCGGCCUGCGCUGGCGUCGGUAUAGUGUCUUACUACGACUCGCGCCCUACUGAUGAUUCUGGGAUCAAGACCACGUCCAUGCUCGGCGUUAUCUUUGCCUUCGCCGGCAUCUUCGCCUCAUCCCUAUACACCGUCUGGAUUGGGAGCUACCACCGCAAGCUCAAGAUGUCCAGCAUGCAGCUCCUGUACAACCAAGCCCCCGUCUCCGCUUUCAUGCUCCUCUAUCUGGUUCCAUUCAUCGACCGUUUCCCCGUCUGGACUGAGGUCCCCUUGCCCCGCUGGAUCCUCAUUCUGAUUUCUGGACUCUGCGCCUCCGUCCUCAACAUCUCCCAAUUCUUCAUUGUUGCCCAGGCAGGUCCGGUUUCCAGCACGGUUGUCGGCCAUGUGAAGACAUGCGCUAUUGUGGCCCUGGGGUGGAUGGUCUCGGGUCGUGCCAUUCAUGACAAGUCCAUCCUUGGCGUCCUCAUUGCCAUCAGUGGCAUCAUCAUUUACUCUGCUGUCAUGCUACAGCACAAGCGGAAAGAACGACAGCAACUGCAGCAAAAGUAG